AUUGAAGAAUGUGAUUUGAAAGGAAAAUAUGUGAAUUCUUUGGAACAAUUGCUAUUACAUCAAAAAUCUCAAGGAAUAUACAGUCAAUAUCGAUUAAAUCAGGUUGAUGAUAGCCCAUUAGAACAUGCUUCAAAAAGACUCAAAACAGAUGAUAAUGUGGUAGAUGAAAAUUUUGGGCCCAAUGAACAACCAUCUCUUGAUGUUGUAGAGAUCAAG